UCGAGCAGGACGCGAUGAUCGAUCAGCAGCAUGGAAACCUUGAAACGUGUGAGGCGAAGCCGGAAAACUUCACGACACAGAUUGACCCACUACGAGGUAUUGAUCUUUAUUUGCACUAGUCACACUGUAACUUGUUAGUGGACUUCGGACAUGCUACUUUAUUUACUUAUUGUUCGCGUUAUGUAUGAUUGUUGUGGUUGUGUAAAUAAACAAGUCACGAUCACUUCAACGUGAUGUCGAGAUGCAGUAGUGUGUACACAUCUAGAGGUCGAUCAGUAUCAACGACAUAACACAUAAUUAAUCAAUUAGGAAAUAACAUUUAACGGAAUUUUGUCACAGUUGGGACUGUUGCUAGGAUAUGAUCUAGCUAACUAGAUUUCUCUUCUGAAAACUCCAUUGGGUGAUCCAGGGUCUGUUCCAUAAAACCAGGAUUAAUAAAUUAGCCAGCUAAACUAACUGUCCUAAAUAUUCUAAUAUAACGUAAUAUUUUCGAGAAAUAUUGACUUGAAGCUAGGAUGGCAUAAUUGACUCAACAAUAAUUUACUUUCUUCACUCAGAUCCAUGUCCAGUUUGAGUCACUACAACUAGCCAACCAACACAGUUCAUGAGGACUUGAUCUCGGAGCAACAACCUUCCUUCAUCAAACCUGGGACUCCCCUAAGCAUGGCGUCACCAGUCUGUCUCAAGAGAAAGAGGGAACCUUCCCCAACACCAGAGAGCAGUAAACGAGUGAAAGAUAUAGACCGUAACGGAGUUCCAGAGUCUGGGCACCGUUCCCGUCCCCCACGGCUCACGCUGCCGUUUGACCGUCUCCAGGAACCGGUCACGUUGAAAGAUCUGACGGAACUGCUUCAGUUUGCUGCUCUGGGGAAAACCGGUGGGCUGAAACAACCCAGGUAUGUUAGCUAGCUACUACAACAACAAAAAAAGACAUACAAACGUAUCUUAGAUCAGAGUCUAGACUCUCAAGGCAACAACACUACUCCAUAGGGAUGGACAUCACGACAGGAACGGAAGCAAACAUUCUGCCACAACAAUAACAUGAUAGAUAGGUAUGUAUGUUGAUUGAUAAGUGCUAACAUGUUAUUGUCUUGUACCCGUCUCAGUUGGUGUCACCUCCACCACCAGAGAAAGGUAUCAGGGGUGAGCGUGGUGGUUCUAGAAGGACUGAGCCAGGCCCACUUCUACAGACACUACCUGUACUUCAAACACCUCCGCACCAAGUACACCUCUGUAAGUCUAUGCCCAAAUGGCACCCUAUUCCCUAUAUAGUGCACUACUUUUGAACAGAACCGUAUAGGUCAAAAGUAGUGCACUAUAUAGGGAAUAGGGUGACAUUUGGGACACACCCUGUCAGUCAUAUUGCAUAAGAUUCCGCCAUUGAUAUGAAUCCUGACUCCAUCAAUGUCCUCUGACCUCAGAGACACAGUUACACUCCAUCGCCUGGCAACGUGAUUUCUGGAAUAUUCAGCAGUGAAGUUGUUGGCAACAGUAGUCCCGCUGGUGCGCUAGGAGACCAGACGAGUGCUCAGCCAGAGGGAGGUGUGUAUGAGUAGCCCUGCCUGCGACUUAAUAUCAGUCACCCUCGGCCCAAGGGGGAAUUUCCUCUUGGUCUAAUGGUUAAGAUGUUGAUUUCCGGAGUGGGAGACAGGGUUUCAGAUCCCACCCAUGACGUGUGUGUGUGUAGGUCUGCGGUGGCACCCAGUGAUCAGGAAGUUUGGUCAGGAGAGCAGAGGGCUGACUGGAUACCUCCUCACCCAGGAGGAGAUGAUCAAGAAACACUUCCCUGUCCACGGUGAGACACACACACUGGACACACACUCACACACACACACACACACACACACACACACACACACACACACACACACACACACACACUCACAGGUCCCACUCUCUCUCUGAUGUCUGUCUUGUGUUUUCCAGGUAUGCCUGGCAGUGAGGGCUUUGUGUGUACAGACAGUGAUGACUGUGUGACUGACAGUAGUCCUCUCUAUGGGCUGGACUGUGAGAUGGUGAGAACAUGUCUGUAUCCCAAAUGGCACCCUAUUCCGGCCCCAUAGGGCCCUGGUUAAAAGUAGUGCACUAUAUAGGGAAUAGGGUGCUAUUUGGGACACAUCCCAUAUUCAUAUCAUUCAUAGAUUUUAUUAACAGUAGAUGAAACCUCCAUUUUGUUCUCUAGUUAUUGCUCGGUGUCUAACGUGUGUGUGUGGUUCGGUGUGUGUAGUGUCUGACAGAGCGGGGCAACGAGCUGACGCGUAUCUCUCUAGUAGACAGCAGAGGGAGCUGUGUUCUGGACGAGCUGGUCAAACCUCCCAACCGCAUCUUAAACUACCUUACACAGUAAGCUGAGUGUGUGUGUGUGUGUUUACGUGUGUCUCUGAGUGUGUGUGUGUCUCUGUGUGUUUACGUGUGUGUGGUGUGUGUCUGCUUCUCCAUAUCUGUACAUAACAUCUCCUCUCCCCUGAUAGGUUCUCUGGUAUCACCUGUGCAAUGUUGCAGCCAAUCACCACCACCCUAAGGGAAGUCCAAUCAAAGCUCAAGAAGGUGUUGCCGCGGGACGCGGUCCUGGUUGGCCACUCCCUUGACAACGACCUCAGGGCCCUGAAUGUGAGUCGCCGUGGUUUACCAAUGUAGCCAUGACGAUAGUGGUUGCAAUUGCGGCUAGCAGCAAUGCCCGAGGCCUGUUCAGGAGAAUAUAAUAGAAAUGUAUGGUGUAGAACAGAUAUGAUAGAGAAUCAUGUCAGCUCUAUUCAUUUCUAUCUUCAACGCUCAGACAGUUUCACUUUCCUGAAGACACACCUGGGUCGUAUUCACAAGGAACCAAACGGGCCAAAACGGGGAGGGACCUUGUUUUUUGUUUUCCAUUGCAAAAGGUUUUCGACCCCGUCUCCUCUCAGCUGACCCCUGACCUGUUGUGUUGUCUCCUCCCAGCUGACCCCUGACCUGUUGUGUUGUCUCCUCCCAGCUGACCCCUGACCUGUUGUGUUGUCUCCUCCCAGCUGACCCCUGACCUGUUGUGUUGUCUCCUCCCAGCUGACCCCUGACCUGUUGUGUUGUCUCCUCCCAGCUGAUCCACCCCCAUGUGAUUGACACCUCCCUGCUGUACAGGAGAGAGUUUGGACAGAGGUUUAAACUCAAGGUGCUGGCUGAGACCGUGCUCAAGUGAGUUCACACUCACAACACACACAGACACACACACACACUGCUGCGCUCUAUAAUAGGUAGGAAUUGCAGCACGCUUGUGUGUAUUUCUGCUCUGGCGUGAAGUGUCCUCAGGUACAGAUCUAGGAUCAGCUUCUUCGCCCCCAAUCUUAACCUGAACCAUUAAGUGGGGAAAAUGCUAAACUGACCCAAGAUCAAUGUCUAGGGGCAACUUCACCCUACUCAUAUGUUUGUGCCCCACAGGAAGCAGAUCCAGACAGAGGAGAGGAGGGGUCAUGACCCCACAGAGGACGCCCAGGCUGCCCUGGAACUGGCCCAGUACUUCAUACACACUGGACCACGACAGGUACACACACUGGACCACGACAGGUACACACACUGGACCACCACAGGUACACACACUGGACCACCACAGGUACACACAGACUCCCAGGCUGUAUAACCAGGCUGUGUAGCCAGACUCCCAGGCUGUAUAACCAGACUCCCAGGCUGUAUAACCAGACUCCCAGGCUGUAUAACCAGACUGUAUAACCAGACUCCCAGGCUGUAUAACCAGACUCCCAGGCUGUAUAACCAGGCUGUAUAACCAGACUCCCAGGCUGUAUAACCAGACUCCCAGGCUGUAUAACCAGACUCCCAGACUGUAUAACCAGACUCCCAGGCUGUAUAACCAGGCUGUGUAACCAGACUCCCAGACUGUAUAACCAGACUCCCAGGCUGUAUAACCAGACUCCCAGGCUGUAUAACCAGACUCCCAGGCUGUAUAACCAGACUCCCAGGCUGUAUAACCAGACUCCCAGGCUGUAUAACCAGACUCCCAGGCUGUAUAACCAGACUCCCAGGCUGUAUAACCAGACUCCCAGGCUGUAUAACCAGACUCCCAGGCUGUAUAACCAGACUCCCAGGCUGUAUAACCAGACUCCCAGGCUGUAUAACCAGACUCCCAGGCUGUAUAACCAGACUCCCAGGCUGUAUAACCAGACUCCCAGGCUGUAUAACCAGACUCCCAGGCUGUAUAACCAGACUCCCAGGCUGUAUAACCAGGCUGUAUAACCAGACUCCCAGGCUGUAUAACCAGGCUGUAUAACCAGACUCCCAGGCUGUAUAACCAGACUCCCAGGCUGUAUAACCAGGCUGUAUAACCAGACUCCCAGGCUGUAUAACCAGACUCCCAGGCUGUAUAAAGACUCCCAGGCUGUAUAAACCAGACUACCGGCUGUAUAACCAGGCUGUAUAACCAGACUCCCAGGCGUAUAACCAGACUCCCCAGGCUGGUAUAACCAGGCCUGUAACCCAGACUCAGGCUGUAUAACCAGACUCCCAGGCUGUAUAACCAGCUGUAUAACCAGACUCCCCAGGCUGUAUACACAGACUCCCAGGCUGUAUAACCAGACUCCCAGGCUGUAUAACCAGACUCCCAGGCUGUAUAACCAGACUCCCAGGCUGUAUAACCAGACUCCCAGGCUGUAUAACCAGACUGUGUUCUCUAUCAGAUAGUGGAGCUGUAUUGUGAAGAGCUGUGGGGUGGGAGUCCUGCUAUGUACCAGCCUCCUGUCAACAGAUCAACAUCUACACACAAACACAACAACAACAGGUGUGACCAACAAACCCUUCCUCUCUCUCCCAUAUCUGGUUCCUCUUGUAUUAGCAACACUACUGCGUCUGUAUUAUCUGCACCGAAUCUCCUCUCCCCCUCUCUCUCAGGUUUGCCGAGGCCCUGAAGAGUUCUGGCCAAUCAGCCCUGUUUAUAGGGAAG